UGUAGCAAUGGCACCCCCUGAAAUCCAAACUACACACAGAACGCCAUCGAUCAAUCUUCAAUGUGUGGUCAUUCUCCUUUGUUGUGAUACCAUUAAUACUCCUCUCCGCCUCUUCUUCAUUAAAACUUCAAACCGAAAAUGGCGGUUUUCAAUCUGUUUAAGCUAUCGGUGCUACUGAGCCUACUCUCCGACGUCAAGUUAGGGUCAUGGCCGGGACUUUUGUCGCAGAAACAAACCGUCGCAGUCGGUGAAUUUCCACCGCAGUGCAACCGUAUCGAGUGUCCAACGUAUGACGUCAUUCACUCCGGCGAUGGCUACGAAAUUCGUGUUUAUAACUCUAGUGUGUGGGCGACUACUUCUCCCAUCGAUGAUAUCUCCUUCGUGGAUGGCACUCGCAUCGGUUUCCUACAGUUAUUCAAGUACAUCCAAGGGCAAAACAACUACAAUCAACAGAUAGAAAUGACAGCUCCAGUUCUUACCGAGAUUGCUCCGAGUGACGGACCGUUUUGCGAAUCUUCAUUUCUGGUGAGUUUUUAUGUUCCGAAGAAGAACCAAGCCGAUCCACCACCUGCUGAGGGGAUUACGAUCCAAAAAUGGCGACCGACUUAUGUAGCAGUACGGCAAUUCGGUGGAUUUGUGAAGGAUUCAGACAUCGGCGUGGAGGCUGCGGCCUUGUCCACCAGUCUCUCCGGCACCGUUUGGUCUGAUGCUAUUAAAAAGAGCCAUUCCGGUGAGAUUACGACGGGGUACACGGUUGCGCAAUACAAUUCUCCGUUUGAGUUCGAUAACAGGGUAAACGAGAUCUGGUUCACUUUUGAUAUGUAAGAAAUGGUGGGGAAAGAGAGUGAGAAUAAAGCAUAGGUACGAACAGCAGAAAUUUUGUUGAUGAACAGGCUAUAUAUACGCCUUUGAUUUCAAUAAAACAUUCGGCAUCUUUCGUAUUGUAUAUUAUUUUAUUAAUAAACCAUAAUAGCAAUUUUAAUC